AUGGCUAUAAUUCGCAUUUGCGAUUCCAGGGAUGUUCCCGACGAGGUGUACAAAAUUUCCGAUGCUCUCGGCGAGGGCGAGAAAUGGUGGGAGGCGGUUGAGCUCCAAAAGCUGAUAUUGGCUCACAAUGAGAUCGAGUCGUUGAAGGAGGACUUGAGAAAUUUGACCCAAUUGACUGUGCUUAAUCUUAGCAACAACAAGCUUCAAGAGCUGCCCUCUGCCGUAGGAGAGCUUCCUAUGCUUAAAUCUUUGGAUGUGUCGUUCAACUUGAUUACGAGAAUACCUGAAGAAAUCGGAUCGGCGUCUUCGCUCGUCAAGCUGGAUGCUUCUGGAAAUAAGCUUUCAGAACUUCCAAGUUCACUUGGAAGAUGUUCAGAGUUAUCUGAUCUCAAGGUAUCAAACAACUGUCUCAAUAGCUUGCCUGAGGAACUAGCCAGAUGUUCAAAACUGUCAAAACUGGAUGUGGAGGUAUGCAUCUAA